UGACGCAGUUCACGAAAUGUUAUGAAAUAGAUAAAAGUGCCCUUAAUCAUAUUUCAAAUAGUUUUUCCACAUGAUUCUUUUCUUUAGUAUAAAAACGUCACACGAUGUGUGCUCAUGAACUCCUAAUGAAAUUAAUAAAGAUGAACACUCCUUAUCUUUUAUGAUAGUUUCUUAAAUAGUACAAUGGACUUCCUUGUGGGCGGUGUAGCGGGAGUGGGUGCUGGUUUCUUCAGCAACCCAUUUGAUGUUGUGAAGACUCGAAUGCAGCUCCAAGGCGAGCUUAGAGCCAGAGGUCAGCAUGCAGUCUAUUACAAAAACAUUCCACAUGCAAUGUAUACAAUAGUGAAACAUGAUGGAAUAAUAGCACUGCAGAAAGGUUUGGUGCCAGCUCUAUGGUUUCAGUUGGUUGUUAACGGAGUAAGGCUAGGAAUAUACCAACAAGCAGAUAACCAUGGCCUUCUAAGAGACGAGCAAAACAAUACUAAAUUCCUAAACAGUUUACUUUUUGGAUGCAUAAGUGGUAUGUCUGGAGCCUUCUUUGGCAGUCCAUUACAGCUUGUGAAGACUCAAUUGAUGUCAUAUUCUUCGGAUAAAAUUGCUGUUGGCACACAACAUGCUCAUAAUGGGAUGUUCUUUGCUCUAAGUAAGAUAUACAAGAAGAAUGGCCUAUCUGGUUUAUGGAGAGGAGCCCAUGGAAUGAUGAUGAGAAACUCAAUAGGAUCGGCUGCCCAGAUAUCUUCAUAUGCUGUAUGCAAAGAAUGGAUGGACAAUAACAACAUGUUCCAACAAUCAAAAUACCUCUCUGCAUUUGUUGCAAGCAACAUCGGUGCCCUCGUGAAGACUGUAUGGUUAACACCCAUGGAUGUUAUAAUGACCAGACUGUAUAAUCAAAACGUGGACGCUAGCGGCAAUGGUGUCCUCUACAAAGGUAUAAUAGACUGCGCUCAGAAGAUAACCAAAACUGAAGGGAUCCCGGCCUUCUAUAAAGGUAUGGGCCCUUCGUACUUACGGCAAGCCCCGCACACAGUGCUACUGCUAGUAUUCUGGGACAUCCUCAAAGAUCUACAAAAGAAAAUAACGAACGAAUCUAAUAUUAUAAAAAACGAAAAUUUACGAUUGAAAAGUUGAUGUGUCAAAUUAGAAUAUCGUCUUUGACUUGCUUGUGAAGUUCUACAUAUGGAGGGUAGAGGUAAGGAGAACAGUCUCUGUGUGUAAAAAGUGUCCCUUAAAAUCUGCUUAAUAAAGGUGGCGCUACAGUAGCAACCGGAUAAAUUUUAAGAAAGGCGCUGAAAGUUAUUAGAAUAAGAUAGGGAAAUAAAAAGGACGAAA